AUGCGCUUCUUAGCUUCGCCCAAGUUCACCAAAGCACCAAUCGCUUGGUAUAGUAAGACAUCAACAAUGGACAGGCUCAAACCUCAUCGAGAUUCCCUAUCGCCAUUCAACUACGACAGUCAACCAACACCAACUUUGUCUCAUGCGAUCUCCAGCCAUGAGCAGACGUCAGGAAACCGAUCUCAUGAUAACGUUACGCCUACGUCUAGCUUCGAAAGAUCUAAUCUGCCUUGUGAAAAUGAUAGCUAUAGGCAGAAGAGCUAUGUUCGUAUGAAGAAAUACGUACUAAGCCAGCUCACUUACAAUCAACGCCUUCAAAUCCGGAAAAUAGUCGGCAGAAUUCAAGAGGAAGCUAGAGGUGACCUAGACAAAGAUGCGUGCUGGCUUCACAAGAGUUGGAGAGAAGAUCCUAGCCCCGCGAGAUGGUGCAACAGGGUUCAUCUUGGGAUUAGCUUAGGUAUUGGAUAUCUCAGUCUGAGCGUUACCCUGUGGCGUCACAUCCUCGACGAGACUCUUUCUCUUGACCAGAAACAAGGUUUCAUAUAUGGAACACCAUGGCCUAGCAGAUUCACGAAGUCUGGAGCACUAUACAAGUCUUCUCAUGAAACAUGGAGUCUGAGCCAUCGUUGUGGCAACUUCCCAUGUGUGAAUGAACGCCACACUGUCUUGGAACGUCAGACAAUCAACAUCAACCGCAAUAGGUGCCACAGGGGGACAAAGAUAUGCGAUCAUCACCCGCUGUGUAUCUUGGGAUUGAAGAUGUCCAAAGAACAACUUCGCCCUAAGCACGGCAAACGGCAACUUGAAACAGAGCCUUUAAGCAAGAAGAGCUCGUCUGCGAUCUAUAUUGUGGAGACGACAUCUGUUGCUCCACCACACGGUUCAUGUAGCACUACAGCUCUUAGUAGCUCUUCGAUGACUACUUCAGUCACGCAACGUUCAGUCUCCCCUGAAAUUGUCUUUCUGGGCCGUCGGCGUCGGUUUACAACUGCAAGAGGGUCGAAUGAUUCAAUGGCCUCAGAUCAUGGGAGUGCCAGAGAUACUGAGCAGGCACAAUGUUGUCUGUUACGCGACACUCCUUUCGGCAUUGGAAGGAAUGCUCGGUCGCCAUCUCCUGGAUUUACCAUCAUUGGCGACGGUCCUGUCACAGACAAACCACGGUUCAGCCGCAUGAGCACGACCUAUCUGCACUCACCCUCGAGAAUAAUAAUUGACCUCCGAUCACCUUCGCCCUAA